UUGGGUCUUACAGACCUUGUAGAAUUGAAGUGRCUGAAAUGUUGACUUAAGUGUCUUUUGUAGUUACUAGUUAAUUAUUUUCAUAUUUCAAGUGAUCUCUAAUAAUGAAAAAGAUAAAUCCUUCAGUCUUCAAAAGUAUUGAAAAUCUGGAUCCACAUCCAUGAACAAAAGUCCAGGACAGAUACCCAAGCAGUAACUGUUCCUUUGCUUGAGGAAAGCAGCAACUGACUGCAUGUCUGUGGGAAUUUUUAUGGGCAAUAAGGACUUCUGAGAUAUUCACUUCAUUGGGAGGGAGCAGCAACAGCAUUUUAUCUUGCUGUCUGUUUUUAAUUAAAUGUUUGAUGGUAGAUCCUCAUUUCUGUAGGUAGGCCAUCUAUUCCCCUGCUAAUGGUUACCUGAGUUACAGCACCACUGGUAUCUUUAAUAAGCUGGAUAAAGUCCCAGGUAGUCACUUGGAUGUGCUAAAGMAUCCUGGCAGAGAUGUUGCACUUGGAUCUUCCAAAUCUGAGAGAAGAUCCCAUGUGCCCAGUCUUUGGCAGAAAGGGCUGGACAGGUCUGGUAGUCACAGGGACUGGGUUUGGCAGUCAAUGUUGUGUUCUGUGCCAGUCCUGCACACUUGGGAAGGACCCUCAGCUGUCCCAUCACUUCUUUGGAAACUCUUGUUUGAGUGUUUUCUACCUGAGCAGCAGAAUUCUUCUAUUCUGCUGCAGACUAUUGUGUGAGAGACUUUGCUACUUGAACUCAUUCUUCCCAAGACUAUAUCUGUUACUGAGUACUCCAGGCAGUACUUACUCCUAAGUAAGGAGCUCCCAAAUGGCCAGUGGAGCAGUUGUAUCUGUUGUAAAGUGCAGGAUUUCAACACACGGCCUCCUCUUGGUUUGGCCCAGUCAUAUUGCAGUGUACUCUCCUCACUGCCAGCAAUGUGGCUGGAAAAGAGGAAAACCUCGAGCAGACCAGUGAUUAGACCCCAUGAGCUAUGCAUUAGCUGGUCCUGGAGUAAGAGAGGCAKUGACUUGUGGUGGAUCAUUUCAGCAUCUGGCAGAAACAAUAAGCUAUUCUCUUUCUGUUGUAGAAAGUGAGAAGAGCCUUUACCACAGCUCAAGUGCACGCUCUGUUUGCAGCUUAACUCGCUGUGAAGCUCAGCAGAAGGCCCAGGCAAACCUGACUGCCUGGGGCAGGCAGAAGUAGGGCUUCUUACCUUGCUGCAGCUGAGCAGCUCUAAUUUCUUCAGGUUGAGUUUGAUUUCAGAACAACCCACAGAACUGGAAAAUACCGUUCUUUCCUGUUUUGAGAGCCACCUUCCUCAUCCUUAUCAGCUGGUAGUUGAAAGCCACUAUAAAGAAUUCAUUGUCAGGGACAUUCCGUGCUUUCCCAYUCAGGCUGUUUGUCAGCAUCACCUUGGGUUCAGCCUCAGCUCUUAACUCCAUCAGCUUUUCCAGAUUAUUUUAAAUACAUCAAGAGUUGCCAUUCAUCUGCCCUCUACCACCUUGGAGCUCUGCUGCAGCAGGCUGAAAAUAAACAAAAGGAAAAUACUUUUAAAAACUAAAUAUUAAGCUGCAGAACUUAAAAUCACUGGAAUUUUUGGAGGUCCAAAAUAUAAAUUGAUUCAAAAUGGGAUUAGGCAGAUUCACAGAGGAUUUGCUCAGUACAGACAUUGUCAAGCCAAGUGAUUCUUYGGCAACUGAGUCCUUGGUUGGAGGAUGUACUGAAAGGGAACAUCCUGUUCGUUGUCCUUCUUACACUCUCUGCCCAGGUAUCCAUUCUUGGUGUGAAUAGGAACAGGAUAUUCGAGUACAUGGUCCUUUCAUUGGGCUGACUGCAGUAGUCCUUAGCUUUGCASAUCCUAAGAAGAAGUUUUGGUUCCUUCUCCAGAAGGUGUGAGCUGUUCUGCUGGAAGGAUUCAGACAGAGCUGAUGAGAGGGGACUGGACCACGAGCACACAGGGCCAGUGCUGCGCUUCUGACCAGAGCGUGCAAUUGCCAUCUUCUAAAUGGAUUCCAGUGAAUUUUCAGGAUCUUUGGACCCUCUGUCCUUGCCUGACAAACCGCUCAUUGGUGAUCUCCCUGCUGACAUGGAGUUUGGUGAAGAUCUCCUGGGCUCCCAAACAGCUUCUACCCAGGAAGUUUCAGUUCUUCAGCCCCCUGGCUGGGAUCAAUCCAAGCAGAUGACUGCAGAUGAGGACUUGGACCUUGUAGUGAAAGCAGACAGCCUGUCUGAACUAAAUAAAUCAAAUGACUGCCUUCUAGAUAAACCUGGUGUCUUGGAUAUGCUGGAGAAACCUAAUGUCUCAGAUGACUUGGGUAAAACUGCUGACUUGGUGGAACUAGAUAAACCAGAGGGUCUGGAUGGGCUGUGUAAGGCACAACCUUCCCAGGAUGUGGAGGAUGGACUGGCAGACUCCUCUGCCUUGUCUAGAGAAGUCCCUGUUCCAGAAAUGGGGAAAAAAGGGGAGGAUGCACCAAAAAAUUGUUCUGGGGAUGUAAAAGAAGAUGGUGCUGCUGCUAUUCCUGCACUGUCUGGUGACAAUGCCCCUGAAUUACCCCAACAACCUGUUCCUGAGUCUGGGGACCUCAGCAGUGCCCCAGCCACAGAAGAAGCCACAGCACAGUCCUCAAGUCCCACAAUGCCCCCACCUCAACUCAGUCUUAAACAAACAAAGAAGAUGAAGUUGAAGUCACCAAGGAAAAGCUCGCCUGUGCAGAGGGAAGGGCUGGCAGGGGAGGCAGAAAUGAGCCCAGACAGCAGAACUGCAGCUUUGCCCCCUGAGUCUGUGGAAGAAAACCGAGCAAAGGCAGGGGAUGAUAAUGGGAAGAACUCACUUAAAGAAAACAGUGUACUCAAAGCACAGGAAGCCUUACCACCAACAGGAGAAAGCCUGUCUGGGAAGGGAAGUGAGCUGCCAGCUGAGAAGGAGCAGAAAAGAAGCGAACGACCCAGAAGAUCAGAAGCUGCCAGGCCUGAAACUGUGAACUCCUCUGAGAGCAUUCCGGUGUCUGACGAAGACUCUGAUGCCAUGGUGGAUGAUCCCAACGAUGAGGAUUUCGUUCCUUUCCGCACGCGGCGCUCCACGCGGAUGUCCCUGCGCACGCAGAUGGCGCAGCGAGCCGCCCGUUCCACCUUCACCAAGAUGACGUGUGCCAACUGCCGGACCCCGCUGCAGAAGGGCCAGACUGCCUACCAGCGAAAAGGCCUUCCUCAGCUCUUCUGCUCCAGCUCCUGCCUCACCACCUUCUCAAAAAAACCACCUGGCAAGAAGAUAUGCACCUUCUGCAAAAAGGAGAUCUGGAACACCAAGGACUCCGUGGUUGCCCAGAUUGGUUCAGGUGGCUCUUUCCAUGAGUUCUGCACCUCUGUCUGCCUUUCCCUGUAUGAGGCCCAGCAGCACAGACCAGCGCCUCAGUCUGCAGAUCCCUCGGACACCAGCCGCUGCAGUGUUUGCCACAAACCUGGAGAGAUCCAGCACGAGGUCAGCAAUGGGAACGUCAUUCACCGCAUCUGCAGUGAUGCUUGUUUCACCAAGUUCCGRGCCACCAAGGGGCUGAAAACAAACUGCUGUGACUUCUGUGGACUUUAUAUCUACAAUAAGGGCAUGCCCCUCGAAUACCUCUUCCAUGAAGGCCAGCAAAAACGCUUUUGCAACUCUGCAUGUCUCAACAGUUACAAGAAGAAGAACACUCGGGUCUAUCCCUGCGUGUGGUGCAAGACGCUGUGCAAGAACUUUGACAUGCUGCCCAACGUGGAUCGCAGUGGCAAGAUGGGCCUGUUCUGCUCCAUUUGCUGCACUACCUCCCACAAAGUGAAGCAGUCAGGCUUAGUUGGUCCCCCUAGACCCUGCAGCUUCUGCAGAAAGAGUUUAUCUGAACCCUGCUAUUACAACAAGACAGACCGGGUUGUCUACCAGUUCUGCAGCCCCAGCUGCUGGACCAAAUUCCAGCGCACCAGCCCGGAGGGUGGCAUCCACCUCAACUGCCAUUACUGUCACAAUCUUUUCAGCGGGAAGCCGGAGAUCCUAGACUGGCAGGACAAGGUGUAUCAGUUCUGCUGCAAAGACUGCUGCGAGGACUUCAAGCGGCUGCGUGGGGUGGUGUCUCAGUGUGAGCACUGCAAGCAGGAGAAGCUGCUGCAUGAGAAAAUCCGUUUCUCCGGAGUGGAGAAGAACUUCUGCAGCGAAGGGUGUGUGCUUCUUUACAAACAGGAUUUCACCAAGAACCUGGGCCUGUGCUGCAUCACCUGCACCUACUGUUCUCAGACCUGCCAGCGGGCGGUCACCGAGCAGCUGGAGGGCAGCACCUGGGACUUCUGUAGUGAAGACUGCAAAAGCAAAUACUUGCUCUGGUACUUCAAGGCAGCUCGGUGCCAUGCCUGCAAGCGUCAGGGGAAGCUGCUGGAAACCAUCCACUGGCGGGGGCAAAUCAAACACUUCUGCAACCAGCAGUGUCUGCUGCGAUUUUACAAUCAACAGAACCAGCCCAACCUGGACACGCAGAAGGGGCCCGAGAGCCUGCUGAACAGUCAGACUUCAGAGCCAAAACCAACUGUCCCUUCCCCUUCCCCACAGAAGGCAGAAACUAACAUGCUGUCAGCAAAGGCCUCCUCAGCCCAAACGUCUCCAGCUGUGCCGCCUCCUGCCCCACCUCUGGUUCCGGCCACCCCUCGGAAAAACAAAGCUGCCAUGUGUAAACCACUGAUGCAGAACCGGGGUGUCUCCUGCAAGUUCGAAAUGAARUCCAAAGGAUGUCAGACAGAGGCUGACUGGAAGCCCCAGCUGGUUGUGUUGCCAAUCCCCGUCCCAAUCUUCGUGCCUGUGCCUAUGCAUAUGUACUGCCAGAAAGUACCUGUGCCUUUCUCCAUGCCUGUCCCGGUGCCUGUGCCAAUGUUCCUGCCCACCACAYUGGAGAGCACAGAGAAGAUUGUGGAGACCAUUGAAGAACUGAAGGUGAAGAUCCCCUCCAAUCCCCUAGAAGCUGACAUUCUGGCCAUGGCUGAGAUGAUUGCAGAGGCUGAGGAACUGGACAAGGCCUCUUCAGACCUCUGUGACCUGGUGAGUAACCAGAGUGCAGAGGGUCUCCUGGAGGACUGUGAUCUGUUUGGACCAGCACGGGAUGAUGUGUUGGCUAUGGCUGUCAAGAUGGCAAAUGUCCUUGAUGAGCCGGGCCAGGACCUGGAGGCUGACUUCCCUAAGAACCCUCUAGACAUCAACUCCAGUGUGGAUUUCCUCUUUGACUGUGGGCUUGUGGGACCAGAUGAUGUUUCCACAGAGCAAGAUCUGCCUCGAGCUGUGCGGAAGGGGCAGAAGCGCCUGGUGCUCUCGGAAAGCUGUUCCCGGGACUCGAUGAGCAGCCAGCCCAGCUGCACAGUCCUUAACUACUCAUACGGUGUGAACGCCUGGAAGUCCUGGGUGCAGGCCAAGUAUGCAGGGGGAGAGACCAGCAAGGGAGAGGAGCUGCGCUUUGGCCCCAAACCCAUGAGGAUCAAGGAAGAUAUCCUGGCCUGCUCAGCAGCUGAGCUCAACUAYGGCCUGGCGCAGUUUGUCAAGGAGAUAACACGGCCCAAUGGGGAGCGCUACGAACCAGACAGCAUCUAUUACCUCUGCCUUGGCAUCCAGCAGUACCUGCUCGAGAACAAUCGUAUGGUGAAUAUAUUUACAGACCUUUACUACCUGACCUUCGUGCAGGAGCUGAACAAGUCCCUGAGCGGCUGGCAACCCACAAUCUUACCAAAUAACACAGUUUUCUCCCGUGUGGAGGAGGAGCACCUCUGGGAGUGCAAACAGCUGGGUGUUUACUCACCCUUCGUGCUUCUCAACACCCUCAUGUUCUUCAACACUAAGUUCUUUGGGCUGCAGACAGCAGAGGAGCACAUGCAGCUCUCCUUCACCAACGUGGUGCGCCAGUCCCGCAAGUGCACCACGGCCCGUGGCAUGACAAAGGUGGUGAGCAUCCGCUACUACGCUCCGGCCAAGCAGAAGAAAAGCCGAGAUGGUGGCUCUGGAAAACGGAAGCGUGAGGAGGAGGCACCAAUGCUGGAGCAGCGGGAGAACAGGAUGAAUCCUCUCCGAUGCCCGGUCAAAUUUUACGAAUUUUAUCUCUCCAAAUGCCCCGAGAGUCUGCGGAACCGCAACGAUGUGUUCUACCUGCAGCCCGAGCGGUCGUGUAUCGCCGAGUCUCCGCUCUGGUACUCGGUGAUCCCCAUGGACCGGAGCAUGCUGGAGAGCAUGCUGAACCGCAUCCUGGCUGUCCGGGAGGUCUACGAGGAGCACAGUCGGCUCAGCAGCCUGGAGGAUGACAUGGACUAAGGGCGGGGUGCUGCUGGACUGGCUGCGCUCCAGCCCGGCAUGCCUCGUCUCGCUGCUUGCCAUUGCAGGGCAGGGGCUGUGCAGCACAGGAGGGGAUGGUGCUGCAGCAGUGCUGUCCCUGCAUCAUUACCAGACCGGACCUGCCAUCCUGCUCGUUACAGGCCUCCCCUACAUACGUGGCCCCUGCACUCAGCUCUGUCUCCAGUUUUGGCUGCUGGGUGAGCCACCUUCCCCAGGGUCAGUUCCCACGGCACAGGAGUGGCAGAGUCCCUGGGUCAGUUCCCCUUGCCCAGCCCUGUCCCUUCCCUGCUCCCAGCCCUGCCACUACCCCUCUGUCCCCGUGCCCCAGGGCCGGAAUUGCACAAGAYGCAGUGCACCAUCGGACCAGUGGCCCCCGAAGCUUUUACUUCCCUCUUCCUUUAGCAUUCCCUCACAAAGCUGGAGAUACCAAGGCAGGAACAGUAGCUCUGCUGCUGGGGCAGCAUUGUCUUUWCAAGCUGGUGAGCAUGGGCUACAGCCAGCCUGAGACUGGGUCAGGGGGAGAGUUUUUGUCAGAGGGGUGGGAGUUUAGGUUGGCUGCCGGGAGUGGAUGGAGCUCACGCUGGAACUUGUGGGCAGAGAUCUGACCUUGCCACAGGGACACCUCCCUUGUGUGUACCCAGGAGGCCUCCUGUCUUUGGUCAAUGUUUUCUGAGUCUGUUGAACUGAUGGAGAAGGGUCUGUGCCAGUGCUACCCCUCUGUCCCCACCGUYCCCUGUCCUGGUGUAAGAACCCUCUCUUGUGCAAGGUACCAUCAGUGGGAACCUCUGCUCCAGCCAGGGGCUCAGRCAUUUGCUGGCAGAAGCAGGGAGUCCUGCCUGGCCUCCCCCUCCCUUCCCACAGCCACMGAUUGCCAGCGCCCUGCCCAGGGCAAGUCUGACUCCAGCUGUGCCACUCCCUGCUGCCUCCUGCCCGUUCUCGUGUUCUGGUCGGUUUUCUUGAGCUGUACAUGGGUCUCCUGUUGAGCCUGUAUAUAUUGUUCUGGGCCCUGGCCUGGGGCCAUCUGUUCUCUGUGUCCAUGUGGAGAGUGAGCCGCUCACCAGUCUUGUUGUAGUGAUGCCAGGGCUGUAGGACUAACCCUGUGUCUCUGGAAACCAUUCAUUUCAAAUAAAGAUGU